AUGACGUCACAGCGGGAAAACAGUGACGUCGUCGACACGGGGGACGAGAAACCCACCAAGCAGGAACGCAAGCAGUCGAAGGACUUAUCAGAUUUACCGCCAAGUGGCACCUCCCUACAUAAAAGGCGAAGGGGAGAGGCGCCCGCGUCUUUGUCAGUGAAAUCACCGCACACCCCAUCUGAAACAGAUGGCUCCUCUCCCUGCACUGGUGCACCAACCUUGGAAGAGUACUGGAGCUUGAACGAUGGCCCACCGGACCCCGAAGCUCUAUGCGAAAGCAUGUUACAAAGACUCAAAUAUCGCGACGACCCGCUCUCCAGACGAGGGAAGGAGCUCGCCUCCCGUACCAAGGAUACCUUGGAAGCCUUGGAUCAGCUCGAAAAGCUCCUAGAACUGCUUGAUCAAUUCGUCACACUGAAAGAACAUAAUGCGCGUCUUCUAAAAAGGCUACGAGAUGUCGAUCAUUUGAAAAAGUUACACGAGGCGCAUAAGAGAAUAGACAGAGAGUCGGAGAGGUUGAAAGAGGAGAGCAGAGAGCUGGAACUGAUAAACGAAGCGCUGGACGCUGAAUUGGAGUGCGAGUACGGCCAGGCGAUAUUCGACUCUAUGAUGGCCGGCGGAAGGAGCAUGAAGAGAACAGGUUCGAAAUGGAAAAGUCACAGUCGCUUCGGAAGCUCGUUGCUUAGAAAGCAGAGGUCCAGGUCGGCUGGUGGUGAAGAGAGUGAUGCAUCGCCCGCCACCCCAAUAAGGAGACGUUCCGAUUUGGUUUUUUCGAAAGAAGUUGAGAAAUCCAAGGUGUCCAAAUGGACAAGAGUGAAAGCUGCAUUUAGAUGGGAGAAAGCUCAGUGGCCACCCUCAACUUAUGGUGGUGCUGCUGCGGUGGCUGCCGGUGCCAUGGUCGGUGCCGUGGCGUUAGCUGGGUCCUCCCCAUCCUCUGGCAUGCUGGCCCACCCCGAGCCAAGGGACUCUGCCAGUCUUACCCCAGGAAGCGCCCUUUCUCUUACCCCGAACUCUUCAUGCGAAGAGCUCAGAAUGGAAGCAGGAAACAGUAGAAAGAGCGUCGCCCUGCGCGCAGACGAACAAGAUAACGCCUUUCUACAAGCACCGAUGCAGGACGACAGCUCCGCUUCCCCGUCCCCGAACAAGCUGCACAAGAGCCCGUGGGGGAAGAUGCGCGACAUAAUCCAAACGCACCGGGAAUCCGUGAAGAAGAAGUCGAGGGGCCCAAAGCCUUCGGACGUGGUUCCUGGACGUCGCAGAUCGCUCAGCGACGGCGGCGACAGCGACGCGCCCCCCGCGCUCACCAUCACCAUCCCGUCUUCGGAGGAGCUCGAGUCCGAACCCUCCCACCCCGCGCUACGCAAGCAGCGAUCGCUGGAGCUGGGCGCUAGGCCUCCGCAGCACCGACCCCCCAGGGCCUCCAAAUGGACCAAGGUCAAGAGGGCUUUCCUCACGUCCGCGUCAGCCUCCGUACCGUCCAGUCCUAGCCGCCAUUCAGCGUUCUUCACUGACGCAGAAAACGCGGUAUCCACCCACAAUAAGAGCUCGUUUUUCGUCAGCGCCGACAUCGCG